GACUCAUGGGUUAUUAUUACAGGGUUAUCUCAGUGUGAUUUGAUUUUUCAACAAAAAGGAAAAACCAUUAUGAGCAAUUCUAACCUUCAUACCUUAUCCUCGCCUAAAUCAGCGAUGGACACUAUUCAAGGUUUGGAAAUCCAUCCGAAAGAUGGCAAUGGAGAACGAGAUAGGACGAGAUAUUUACAACAAAUUCCUUCUACCAUACAAGUAAGUCUCAAAGUCCAAAAAUACGACGUAUCAGAAACAAGUCCAACUCGAUCAAAUUGCUCUAUGGAUCAGGAUACUGGUGCCCACUCGCAGAUCCAGAAUGUGCCCAACCACAAUCAACGUAUCAUGGAAAUUGGACAAGGGCAAGAUCAUCAAAGCGACAUUCGGAACGUCAGUCACAGCUCCCACCAGAGAGCAGAAGGAACACUUGAUCACAGUCCGACAAGAGAACGAUCAAUGCUUCUUCCCUCGAGAUCAGAAUGGGAUAAUUAUUCCAAAAAUAGAAACUUGGGAGUUCGGGAAUUGCGCGGAAACAAAUUCAUGGAUUCGUCUAUCUCGAUGGAGGCCGGAUCUUCCGAUCAAAUCUCGCACAAUAUCAGUGCAGACAGCAAAAGUGAAGACACCGUGCAGGAAUUGCAAGAUUUGCUUGAGAAACUGAAGAAUGAUCCUCGAGGAUUCCAUGAAACUAGAGACGAAAGGUUAUUGCACCCAGAAGAUAGGGAGUACUUCUGUGAUAUUUUCGGUAUCACUGGUGUCCACCCGGUGUUCGUAGACCAUUCUGGAAUGGUCGUUUGGAUGUUUGAUGAUCGUGGGAUCAUGUUCCAAUGGGACGACAUGGCACAAAACAUAGAAUACUUGGGGAUUGAUCUGAGGCAAGGUCUUACGAACUACAUCUACCAUCCAGAGAAGAUAUGCGCCAUAAUGGAGGACACUGGCGAGCUGAUACCAGUAGAGGAAUUUAAGCGUCGUGUAUACGAAAAAUAUCGCAUGGCUAAGCCGGCAGGAGUGAUAUGGGAAGAAUCUCAGAAGAAAUCUGCAAAGAAACCUGCAAAGAAAUUUGCGAAGAAAGAGCGUAGGAAAUCGAAGAAGAAUAAAUAG